AUGGAUCCGUUGAAGUACAUUUUCCAGAAAGCGAUGCCGAUCGGAAAAUUAGCUAAAUGGCAAAUGUUGUUGAGUGAGUUUGAUAUCAUGUACGUGACUCAGAAGGCAAUAAAGGCACAAGCUUUGGCUGAUCAUCUUGCAGAAAAUCCCGUGGAUAAAGAAUACGAACCACUUAAGACAUAUUUUCACGAUGAAGAAGUGUUAUUUGCGGGUGACGGAGUGACAAAUCAUCAAGGUAAAGGUAUUGGAGCGGUCUUAGUGUCAGAAUGCGGUCAGCACUAUCCCAUGGCAGCUAAACUCCGAUUUAAUUGCACAAACAACAUGGCUGAAUAUGAAGCUUGUAUUCAUGGUUUGAGAAUGACCAUCGACAUGAAUACAUACUCCAGAAUACAGAAUGAAUUGGCUAAUGCUCUUUCCACCAUUGCUUCGAUGAUCAAACAUCCGGAUACUGACUACAUCGACCCACUAGAUGUAGAGUUGAAGGAACAUCCAGUCCAUUGUUCACAUAUUGAAUCAGAACCAGACGAUCUGCCUUGGUAUUUUGACAUAAAGAGGUACUUGGAGUCUGGGACGUAUCCAAAAGACGCUACAUCUAAUCAGAAGAAGUCGAUACGCCGCGUGACUCUCAAUUUCUUUCUAAAUGGAGAAGUCAUGUAUAAGAGAACUCCAGAUUUGGGUCUUUUGAGAUGUGUGGAUGCUGCUGAAGCUGUGAGGCUUAUUGAACAGAUACAUGCUGGAGUUUGCGGUACACAUAUGAAUGGGCUUACUUUGGCAAGAAAGGUUCUUCGAGCCGGGUAUUUCAGGAUGACUAUGGAGAAUGGCUGUUUCAAAUUCGUGCAAAAAUGCCACAAAUGUCAAGUGCACGGCGAUUUGAUACGGGUGCCACCUCACGAACUUAAUGCUAUGAUUUCACCUUGGACAUUUGUAGCUUGGGGAAUGGAUGUCAUCGGUCCUAUAGAGCCUUCCGCUUCCAAUGGACACAGAUUCAUUUUGGUUGCCAUUGAUUAUUUCACUAAGUGGGUGAAAGCAGUCACUUACAAGUCGGUAACCAUGAAAGUGGUGGUCGAUUUUGUCCGCAACAAUCUGAUAUGCAGAUUUGGAGUUCCAGCAUCCGUCAUUACUGAUAAUGGGGCAAAUCUCAACAGUUAUUUUAUGAGAGAUAUAUGUGAGCAAUUUAAGAUUAUUCAUCGAAAGUCAACUGCUUAUCGCCCCCAAAUGAACGGAACUGACGAGUACAAAGGAAAGUUCGCACCUAAAUGGCAGGGUACUUACAUGGUUCAUAAAGUAUUAUCUGGAGGUGCUUUGGUCCUGUCGGAAAUGGAUGGUAGUGUAUGGCCAAAACCUAUCAACUCAGAUGCGGAAGAACAUCCAAUUCAAAAUGAGAAGUCGUUAGAACAAGGAGCACUGGACUUCGCAGAGGCUCUUUUAGAGGCAGAAGACGUGGUAGAGGUAGAAGCGAAUUUGGAUGGGAAAAUAGUCGUAGAGAUUGAUGCAUUGGCCUUUGAAGCAUCAUACGGAGCAGCUAAAAGUGUUUUGCGCUAUGUUGCUGGAACUACAGGAUUCAGACUAUGCUAUUACUUGGUGCUCAAAGGAACAAUCAACAACAAUGUUGUCUUCUUCCGAGGCUAA